AUGGCUAUCAUCAAAUCGAACAAAGAUCACAAACCAUGCGGUGGUGGCGGCGGCGUUUUUACCACCGUCGUGACUCGCGAAGUCUGGGCGGAGAAUCUCGAAUCUGAAUUUAAACUAAUCAGCGAAACUAUCGACGAUUAUCCAUUCAUCUCCAUGGACACUGAGUUCCCCGGCGUGAUUUUCAAAUCUGAUCUCCGAUUUACAAACCCCGGCGAUCUCUACAGUCUACUUAAAGCUAACGUCGACGCGCUCAGCUUAAUCCAAGUCGGUCUCACUCUCUCCGACGCCAACGGUAACCUCCCGGAUCUAUUUGGUGACGGACGGCGGUUCAUUUGGNAGAACUCUUCACAACUUUUGGAUGCAAAUCGAGAAGACAACACCAGGAGAUUUUGA